GUUUCCUGGCCGCGAUCAACAGCUCGUGCAACAACAACACAACACAGAACAGAAACAACAUCCAGCCAAAUGUGCCGAAGUCAAUACAACUUCCUCGCCCUGCCUCACCCAUCAGCCGUCAUCACACAAAGACGACAGCCCAACACCACAACAAGGCAAACAUGGUGUCUCCAUUUGAAGGAUGCUCUGAAGAAUGCGGUUGGAUUGCAGCUGUGGUGGCGGCCUUGAGCUAUGGAACAUUUGGGGUGCCCAUCAAAGAGACAGUCGGUGUGGAUGUCCAUCCCUUGGUCUUGCAAUCUUUCAAGUCUUUCACCAUGUUCCUCUUUUCGUGGCUGAUUAUUUUUCUUGGGGAACCCAUUCAAUUCACUCCCUGGGGGCUGCUCUCAGGAUUGCUGUGGGUUUGCGGGGGUUGCUUUGGUAUCUUUGCCAUUCGUAAUGCGGGCAUGUCGGUGGCAUCCGGCACUUGGUCUUCCUGUAUGGUGCUCAUCAACUUUGUAGUGGGCAUAGUGUUCUUUCAGGAACCAGUCUCUUCGAUUACCAGUACCUUCUUUGCUUUUUGCCUCUUGGGAACUGGAUUGGUAGGAAUGAGUGUUUACUCUGCACCAACAACUCAAUUCUCAAAAUCGGCAGAAGCAGAGACUCAACCCUUGAUGGAUAAAAAUGCAUUGGAUUCAUUGGUCGAUGAAGAAGGGCAAGAACUACCACCAAUCACAACGACUCAAGGCAUUGCCAGUCGAUUGCAGUGCAUGUCACCAGCCAGAUACAGGCGCAAUAUGACUAAUGCCAUCGUCACUACCGGUAGCAUAGAACGGUUGCACAUGAACAAGGAGGUCACCAAAAGAAUGGAAGGACCAGGUGACAAUCAGCACAACAAUUGCGGUGGGUUGGGCCAAGAAGCCUGUACAGAUCCUUCUUCUCUGGAAACAGACAGCAGUGCUGAUCGGAAAACCAAUAGGGUCAAUGACAAUGGAAAACAGCGUACCCUGAUUCUCAGUUUGUUUCAGGAAGCAGCAAACAGAAUCAACACCAAUAGCCUUACAAAGCGACAGUUAGGGAUUUUAGCAUCCAUCAUCAAUGGUAUCUUCUCUGGCAGUUCCUUUGUUCCACUUCAUUAUGCCAAAAAAGAAGGCUUUGGCGGAGCAAAAUACAUGUUGAGUUUUGCCACAGGGGCCAUACUUGCAACCUGUAUGAUUUGGGUCGUUUUAUUUGUCACCAAGUUCAUCACUGUCAGUAGGAAACACAAACGAGAAUUGAACGACAGUGGCUCCAGGAUGGUCCGCAUUCUUUUUGCAAAGGCUUAUGAAUCCAUGCCGCCGUGGCAUUUUCGACAAAUGUGGGCACCAGGAUUUGCCGCUGGGACGCUCCUGGCCAUUGCCAUGUUCGGAAGUAUCAUUUCAGUUACCCAUCUGGGGCAGGGUGUUGGUAAUAGCAUUGUGCAGUCCAAGAUUUUGAUCAGCGGGCUUUGGGGUAUAUUCUGGUACCGAGAGAUUGUUGGUGUACCAAACAUUGCCAAAUGGCUCGCUUCAGCCGGCGUUGCUGUACUGAGUAUCUUGUGGAUCAGCUAUGAAAGAAUACUCUCCAAAGCCGUGGCCGAUGUUGAUGUGGACAAACACUACAUUUAUGAGGCUUUUGCCACCACAAAGGUGGCUACUGGUGGCUAGCUAGCAAGUGACCUCUCCAAUAUUUCUGGAUGCUAAUAGUACUAUAUACCAUGUAAUCAGAACAGUUUUGCGCUGUUGCUAGCUGGCUAUGAAGAAGGACCAAAGGCCUCCCAGGAAUCCGCC